AGGUGGCUAGAGAGACACAGAAAGAACAAUUCACAGAGAAAUACUCAUUAUCUCCCUUCGGAGACAUUUCUGAAAUUAAAGGGCUGUGGGUGGAGGCACCCAAAUAAAAGGAGAGCCCCCCAGGAAGCCUUCCUGAGAAUGCCAGGUCUUUCGCCACUCCCACAGGAGGGAGCCUCGCUCUGCAGGGAGACAAUUUUGUGGUUUUUAAUGCGGUAGGUUACAGCGUGUUGGUUUCUGUGCAAUAUUGAUUCUAAUACUUGUGUCUAUUGGUAUGAGGUGUGUGGAUUUCGGUGCAGGAGAAAAGUGUGCAUCUGAUAUGGAAACAUUUCAAACUUUCCUGGAUCUAAAUGUGGUGAUUGUGAAGGAGCUGUUUAGCAUGUUGUUGUUUUAGGCUUGUAAAUAAAAAAGAGAGAAAAAACAAUUAAAAGAAAAUCCCAUUAGGGGACCUGAAUGUAUCCAGACUGAAAAGCUGCCUGGCACUGAGCUCAGACACCUAGUCCUGUCCCUUCGGCGCCUGAUUCAUUCCCCAGCCAGGCCUCCUGGGGGGUGGGGGAGAAGAACCUUUGGGCUGGAGGCUGAGAUUCCUAAAGUAGCUGGUGGGGUGGAAGAAGGUGUAAGCUGCUAGGUGAGGACUUAAAAAUAGAGUGAGAGGGCUUCUGGGGAAGCUGUGAGUCUAGAGAUAAGUGUAUUUGGGUGCCAAGGGCAGGAGAGACUGUGAUUUAGUUUGGUUUGAAGGAAUAGGUGAUUGCUUUUCUCUUUUUAAAGACCAGAUGCAGAGCAUUCAGCCUCGGGCCUCUGUCUGCCUAGGGAUUGUGGGGUCUGGGCGUGUGUAGAGGGAUCCUGGACGUUUCAGUCUUGAGCUGGGAAGAGAGAGACGCAGCCACUUGUGGCGUGGAAGGGGGGACCCUGGAGGCACAGGUAGCUGCCCUCGAAGCAGGCCCGGAAUGGGUGCCUGAAGGGUCCCCUCGGCUGUGUAUCGAGAGAAGUUCUCGGUCAGCACCCACGGCACUCAGAGCCUAUUCUCAAAACGAAAAAUUUCGCAAACCCACCCAGACUAAAGGUCUUUUUCUCCUGUAGUCUUGGCGGGGCAUAAAUCAUCCCUUUGACAGUUUGCUCUGACCCAAAUUAUGCGGUUUGCUGCCAUCUACCGUCCGUUUGGAGACAUGCGGCUUUGGCGCCGCAAGCCCCGCGACACUGCCUGAACCCGGAGCCCCCGCCGCUCGGGUUCGGCGGGAUUCUGGGGGCUUCGGCCCAGAUUGUUGCUUUCUGCUGGAUCUUGGUUCUCGCCUGCCCGCGUGUGGAUUCAAGAACAAAUGUUCUCUCCCCCUUGGCAGCCGCAUCCCAGAGCCAAACCUAGCGGCUGGCUAGGGGAAGCGGCUUUUUCUAGGGUAUAUUUUAAAAGGACUAAUGCUGCAUCCCGCGGGCAGGCAGGGGGCCCUGAAUCAAAGGGUUGAGGGGAAAUCAGAAUCGAGAGCCCUCUCCCCUCUACCCCAUCAAAGCGCAAGAGGGGAUCACCAGGGCCGCUAGGGAGAUACCAGGCCAAGACUGCUCAAGGUUUAUUUGGUUUUCUUUUCCGCCAAGGGAGGGGGCCAGCAGGGGAGGCGCCGAACCCGGCAGUUCCACUCGGUUGUCAAAAGACAAACCGGGUCUGUGUUCUCCGUGUUGGCUAGUGGGUCUUGCCAGUUUCUUGGCCGGUGAGUCUGUGGUGAAGGAAUUGAGCUGAGUUUUCGGGAAACUAUGGUGUAAGCAAGUGAGUGUGAGUCCCCUUCCCCAUUCCCGAUCGUUUCAGGCGAAAUCGACACAGAUAUGCUUUGGGGAAAAAAUGGGGAGUGGGAGUGGGGAUCAAUCAUUAAGGAACCAAACCAUUGUAAUUUCCGUUCCUGCCGGACCCCUCACACCCGCUUAAGCUGACUGCUUUCCCAGAAGGGGGUGGCGAGGGCGGGGGUACGCGCCGCUGCCGCUGCCUUUGAAUAUUGGCCCCUGUCUCACGGGUUACUGAUUAGCUCGGGCUUUCAAGCCGCAGGAGGAAGCUCUGGUCGCUCCUUUCAAGGUGCUGUGGCCCCAGUUCCUGGGCGGGGGAUCCAGGAAAUUGCCUGCGGUGCCAGGCAGGCCGAGGUGUUACUAGGGUCUGGCUCGGAGUUGGAGGAGCUGCCGAGGUCGAGGGGCCCAGCGGUACUGGGAGCAAAUGCGGGGGCUGCGACCCCUCCAGGCUUCGGUGCCCUGAGAGUCUGGGCAGUAGGAGCAGUCCUUUCAGCUUUUCAGCAGAGAAUGAUUUUCUGGCGGCUAGAAGGCCGGGCCCACUGCGAGAGGCCCCAGGGGAGCACGCCUGAAAAGCCUUGGGCCCCUCGGAGGUUUUUUCUUGCAGGCAAGCGAAGGACAGGUAGGGAGGGGAAGGCGGCUGGUACAGAGGGAUGAAACACUUCAGAGCUCUUAUGGUGCUGGUGCCGGUGGACCCAGGGAGAGGGAACAGAGCGCCACUGCUUCCCGGAACAGAGACGAUGUCGUUCAUUUGCAUAAUGGAAAUGAUGCUUUUGUACCGCGAGUUGGACCAGCCGAUUUUAAGGCAAUGUCCCUACUAAACAGCUCUCAAAGGUUGGGAGUGGCCACACUGCUCCCCUGGGAACAUUAAUGUUCCCCAAACCCAGAGAAACACACAGAAUUCAGGGGAAGAACUAGGUUGAGAUGUUUUAAUUCACCCCACCCCAGCCAGGGUUGAGAGUGGGGUGGGGGAAGGUGUCCACAGUCCAAAGAGCUGGGUGUGGGGUGGGAGCAUGGCAGAUGAGAGGAAAUACAAAGCCUGGACAAUGUCUCAAUCCCCCCUCCCCUACACAUACCUACUGGCAAAUACCCUCCCUGAGGUUACCAGUAAAGGAGACUUUUACUCCCAAGCUGAACACAACUUAGACAUUUCCCUGGGAGCUGCAAUGUGUGUACCUCCACAAGACCACAGAUUCACAGCUCAGAAAAUUACAAUUAUAAAUCCUGCCUAUGGGGUUUCUAGACAAUCCUCCUGUGCGUACUCCAGACUUGGUACAUAUUUAUAUCCACCUCUCCAUAUACACACUUUCUCCUUGAGCAGGGAGAGAAUCCCCGAACCAGCUGGUGGCUGCGCCUGCUGUGUAUUUACAUAUUUCCCCUUGAAGACAGAUCGACAACGGCAGUGGAUCGAACCACAGACAGAUUCUUAGAGAUCUGGCUCCAGAAACCAGGCGGCCUCUGGCUCAGCCCUGCCUGCCUGCUCUUUCUCCCAAACAAACGGAUCAGACGAAUAAACGCUCAUAAAUACCUCUGGGCUUAGAUAAGAGCGAUGAGGCGCUAUUUCCUUUCAUGCUGGACUCCAGGCGCCCAGGCCCUGCUUUUGCGGCUCCAUCUCAUGACAGGCAACCUGCAGAGGUGAGGUUAAUUUGGGGGUAUGGCUCUAAGGAUAAGGAGAUUAUUUCAUGCUUCUGUCACAGGGAAAAUCCCCCUCCCUCAUUGGAUCUUGUGUCAUCCAGGCUUCACAGGAAAGCCCACACCUUUCAGUCUUAGUAUGAAGACAUUACAGCCAGAGAGGAGGCAGGGUGGGCUGAGGCCUAAGGCCCGGCCUCAGUGGCAAGGAGGAGGGAGAUACACAAGGCUCUCUCCCCACCUUGCUCCUCCUGCCCAAAAGUUUCCUGUUCCUCUCUAGGAGUGGGCCUAAUCACAGCUAGAUUGGAACACUUGUGACUCUCCAUUAUUAGGAAGCUUGAGUUUAUUUUCUUAAAUCUUGACAAAAUCCCGAUAGAGUCAGGGUAGGAAGUAGUUGAUGGGGCAACCAGGAAUAGCCACUUAGCCAUGAAGGUACAGCCCAGAAGUUGUCCUAAGCUCAGGGAGCUUUGUAAGCCAUUUUGCAAGCAACCAAGUUCCCACCCUUGGUCACCAACCUCAGCCCUCUACCACUUUUCCUAGUGUCUUGUGCCAUCUUCAGUGGGCAGAAUUGGCCCACAAAAAGGAGCCCAAAGAACAAUCAGAGGAGGGUCAGCCUAGCCCUUUCAUCAUCAGAUUUUGUCCCACACCCUGGCCUUUUCUUUGUCCCAGGUCCAAAGGUUGUCACCCUUUACUGCCUGGCCUCCAUGUGCACAUUAUAAUGUUAAAACCACACCGUGAUUCAGGCUUCCAGCCUGGCUCUAAUGCUCAUUUUCCUUAGAUGAAGGAGAAAGAGAAUGUCGGAGAUGCACACCCUCUCUUGCACCAAAGCUUGUAGACAGCAAGCUGGUGAUACAAACACGAGAUAUAGGAGGGGUUGCAGAGAUGCUGAGAGACAUACAGAAGGGUGGCAAGUAUCUGGAGAGGGGAUGCAGAAUGAUACGUUGUAAGCUGCCUACUGAGACCUCAGGAGCCCCGCCCCCCAUAAAACUGAACAAAACUCAAGUCUUGAGAAAGAAUUAAUUUUAAAAAGAACUGCCAGCUCUAGAGAGACCUGAAAAGGAGUGAGGGCCCCCUCUCUUCCCUGUGGUCUCUGAUUGCCUCCUAUAUCAGGAGGGUUUGAGGACCUAGAACUGGAGAGGGAAAAAUUUCUUCCCUGUACCCAGACUUACUGAAACAUCUUUGAUUCCUAAGACCCUGUCACCCAGGGUAUUCUAAUGUCUUUUGGGGAAGGAGGUGGGAUGGAGUGAGGGUUGCAGGCAAGAUAGGGAUCAGACAAACCUAGGCUGGGGGAUGUCCCUCCCCCUCCUCUCCCUAUCCCCAAGUGAAGAGAGGACUAGUCCCUCUUCCCAGUGCCCCCUUCCUGUGCCAAGACCAAGCAGUACAUACUAGAACCAGGUAAGAUGUCUUGUGCAGCAGUGGCCGUAGCCUUCCCAGAAGCUCCUGGCCUAGCCACACAGCUAGUGAGAGAAGCUUGGGCUCAGACCCUCCUCCCAAUUCUCAGCCUUCUGGGUCUUCUGGGCUGCAGACUCUGGCCUGCCCCUCAGACCUUAAGAGUUGUGGAGAAGCAGAAAUAAUAAACCCAGGCUUGGAGGAGACACAGUAGAUCUGAGAAACAGGAAAAACGGUUUUCAAAACCCUUGGAGAGGGUUUCAUCUUCUUCGCGUCUCUUUCUGAAAACGAUGCUAAUCAACGGAGAACUCAUCUCUCCUCUAUCAACACAAAACCCGAGAAACAAGCCUUCUCCUUUAGUUCCUUCCUAAGGAGAUUGAGGUUCGAGAUUCGGAUAUAUUUAUCCACCUUCCCUAGAGGGAAGGGGCUCAAGCAACGCAGGGGUUAACUUUUCUGAAAACACAAUUAACUUUUCCCUAUCCUGCAUGGGGAGGGGAGGGAUAUAUUUAAUCACUGGGGGAUGGGGUGGUCUCAAUCCAAAUGCUCCCUCCUUUCGCAAGACGCCUCUUUCGCAGAUCCUACGUAGGUGGAAGGGGAAGCGUUGUGCUGUUGGGGAGAGAGAGAAAGCAGAAGGAGAAGAAGGAGGGGGGAAAAAGGUUGAUAGGUUUGUGCGCGGGUCCCUCGCGCGGGCUGCGCUCCUCCUGGGUGCUAUUUGACAAUUCCUGCCUCUGCCAUUGGUCAGUGUUGGAUCAGAUGGUUGUAUUUCCUUCUGGCCCUCACUGGCACCUCGCCAUCCCCCCUCAGCUAAAACCCAAUCUCAGAUAUACUACUAAUAGGCGCGGCGCUCGGACUAUAAAACACAACAAAUCAUAAACCCGGCGGAGCAGCAGCGGCCGUGCGCGCCUCCCCUCCCAAUGAGUUCCUAUUUCGUGAACUCCACCUUCCCCGUCACUCUGGCCAGCGGGCAGGAGUCCUUCCUGGGCCAGCUCCCGCUCUACUCGUCGGGCUAUGCGGACCCGCUGAGGCACUACCCCGCGCCCUACGGGCCCGGGCCCGGCCAGGACAAGGGCUUUGCCGCCUCUUCCUAUUACCCGCCGGCCGGCGGCGGCUACGGCCGAGCGGCGCCCUGCGACUACGGGCCGGCGCCGGCCUUCUACCGAGAGAAGGAGUCGGCCUGCGCGCUCUCGGGCGCCGACGAGCCGCCCCCGUUCCACCCCGAGCCGCGGAAGUCCGACUGCGCGCAGGACAAGAGCGUGUUCGGCGAGGCGGAGGAGCAGAAGUGCUCCACCCCUGUCUACCCCUGGAUGCAGCGGAUGAAUUCGUGCAACAGUUCCUCCUUUGGGCCCAGCGGCCGGCGCGGCCGCCAGACCUACACACGCUACCAGACGCUGGAGCUGGAGAAGGAGUUUCACUACAAUCGCUACCUGACGCGGCGGCGGCGCAUCGAGAUCGCGCACGCCCUAUGCCUGACCGAGCGGCAGAUCAAGAUCUGGUUCCAGAACCGGCGCAUGAAGUGGAAAAAGGAGAGCAAACUGCUCAGCGCGUCUCAGCUCAGUGCCGAGGAGGAAGAAGAAAAGCCAGCCGAAUGAAGGCGCUGAAAGGGUGGUGGUUGUGGGGGACGCAAAGGGAGAGGCCUCUGGGGAGCCGAGGGCAUCCGAGAGCCUCGAGAAGGCUCUGCGGGCGGGGGAGCCUGGGGAAUUGCUCUCCUGAGCCCAACAGGCGGGGCCCAGCGCUCUCCCGGACCCCCGCCCGCAGAUCUGUCGCUGGGUGCUGGGAGGCCGUGCUGCCUGAGCCCACCCAGCACCCCAGCGCCCCCUCCAUCCCUGCGGAACCGCCUCAGCCUGAACAGGCUCCCCCGUGAGAACUGAGGACCAGACUCACUUGAUGUUUCCUGGAAGCAGAGCAGAAUGCUCUUGUCCGUGUCGCGUCUCAUUUCUUCCAUGUCCCCGGUGCACGGUUCAAUGGUAGAUUCGCAGUUCCCUCAGCGGGGGGGCUCGAAGACUCCCUGACCCCAGACCUCUCCCAUCCCCUCCCCAAAGCCACUGGAAGGAGCACAUACUACCUAGAAGUAAGAAGAGGAGCCUCAGAAGAAAACAAAGUUCUAUUUUAUUAAUUUUCUAUGUGUUGUGUUUGUAGUCUUGUCUUAGUUCUGGACGUGAAAUACUUCGGUAAUAAUAUUAAUAUUAUUAAUAAUGAUAAUAAUAAUAAUAAUAAUAAAGAUGUAAAAACUC